AUGGAUCUCGACCAGACAGUGCUAAUGAAUGAAACGGCCGUGUACUUUGAAGACGCACGCAACCGGACAGUUGACGUUGUUGGUGCUCGUCACGUGAUUGUUCGUUCGACAGGGUUUGCAUCCAUGCGCAUCACUGUCAUUCUUGCGGUGAGCUCAGCCGGCAAGAAAUUGCCACCAAUCUUUAUCUGGAAAGGAUCUGACAAGGCCAGCUUUGAGAAAAUUGAUCGAGUGUACGUCAUGUACCAGAAAAAUGCGUGGGUUGACGGUUCGCUGCUCAAGCACUAA